UCCAUCAUUCCCAUCAAUAUUACAGCAGCCUCCUUCCUUUCAGCAGCAGCGAGCAGAAUUAUUUCUUCCAGUAACAGAAGCUUGAAGAAGAUCAGCAAGCAGUGAAGUGAUCGAUGGCUCGGCAAGGGAUGGCCAUGGCGUUGCUGGUGGUGGUCCUCGCCGCAGGGUGUUGGGAGUCAGCGAGCGCCGCGGCGAUGCUCUCGCAGCUGAAACCAACCCUCGCGGUCACCGCCUCCCCCACUCACAACCAAGUUCUUCACGGCGGCGAGGACGUGAUCACCGUGACAUGGUCCCUCAACGCGACGGCCGGCACGGACGCGGAAUACAAGAAGGUGAAGGUGAGCCUGUGCUACGCGCCGGUGAGCCAGAAGGGGCGGGAGUGGCGCAAGACCCAUGACGACCUCAAGAAGGACAAGACCUGCCAGUUCAAGGUCACCGAGCAGGCCUACGCCGCCACCGGCACGGUCGAGUACCGCGUCGCCCUCGACAUCCCCACCGCCACCUACUUCGUGCGCGCCUAUGCUCUCGACGCCUCCGGCGCAAAGGUCGCCUACGGCCAGACCUUGCCUGGCGCCACCUUCGACGUCAUCAGCAUCACCGGCGUUACCACCUCCAUCAAGGUCGCCGCCGGCGUCUUCUCCACCUUCUCCAUCGCCUCGCUUGCCUUCUUCUUCUUCAUCGAGAAACGCAAGAAGAACAACUAAGAUUGGAACCGUGCCAAGGUGUUCAUCCGUGGGCAACAUCUUCAUGUCCUUUGCAACGUACAAGCAACAGUAAUGUACAUGUAAGAGAGUGUGUUGGUAUUUUUAUUUUGAGGAUUCCUGUAAGUGUUAGUGUUGUACCACCGACAGAUUUAUCGAAUUAUAGAAACAGCAGUGUAGUCAGCUGAAA